CACUCACACACAAAACACACCAAGGCGCCCAAAUAAACCAAUCCAAAACUUUCCCACCUCUCAAAUUCAACUCAAUCCUUAACAAUGGCUCCUCUCAAGGUCGGCGACAGCUUCCCGGACGGCGUCAAGUUCGAAUGGGCCCCAAUCACCGAUUCCGACCCCACCGCAUGCGGUCUGCCACAGGAAUAUGAUGCCAGCAAGAACUUCAAGGGCAAGAAAGUGGUCCUCUUCAGUGUUCCGGGUGCCUUCACUCCUGGCUGCCAGGCCCGCCACCUUCCCCCAUACAUCCAGAAGAUUGAGGAGUUCAAGAAGAAGGGCGUCGACAUUGUGGCCGUCAUCGCCUCGAAUGACGCGUGGGUGAUGAAUGCAUGGGGCAAGGUGAACGGUAUCAAGGGAGACGACAUUCUCUUCCUGAGCGACACCAAGACAUUCUUCUCCAAGGAACAUGGCUGGGCCGCAGGUAUGGGCGAUCGCAAUGGCCGCUGGGCUAUGGUCUUCGAUGAUGGCAAGGUUAUUUAUGCUGAGAACGAGAAGAGCCCCGGCGAGGUCAAUGUCUCCGGCGCUGAAGCCGUUCUUGCUAAACUCUAAGUGGGUGCGGAUGCAUCGACAACGUCUAGCAAACUGUUCAAGGCUCGUAUAGAUCAGAGCACAUAGACCCGGCCCAUAGUCUUCGGUCAUGACUCGGCUUUCGGGAUGGAUGGCAUUUUUAUGAAUACCUGCGACCUCUAUAGCGAAUAUAUAGCAAUUCGAUCACGAAGAUUGAAACCCUUGCUCGUUUGACAUGAAC